AAGCGAGUGGGAUCCAUUAGUCCCACCAUGGGAAAUUUUCCAGAAUAGACAUUAAUUAAUUGUUGCUGCUUUAACUGCCCUUUUGCAUUCUUUCCUUUUUCUUCUUGUAAUCCAACUUAGUCAGAACAGGAAGAAAAGGAACAUCUUUAAUCUGAAGUGGAAAAAAUUUUCUCAUUUCUGAAUCAGCAGACUAGGAUUGAUUGAGCAACAAAUUUCAAAAUCUAAAUCAACGAAUCUCGCAUGGAACAAGUUAAUCAAAGGAGUGAAAAUCAUGAUUCUACCACAACACAAGAAUGGGAUCCAAGAGCUAUACUGAAAAAUGUGUCUUUUCUUGAACAAAAGAUUCAUCAACUCCGGGAGCUGGUGCGUAUAAUUGUUGACCACAAAAGUCUAGCUGGGAUUCAGGGAAAUGACCUUUCAUUUCAGCAACAACAGCUAAUAAUAGCUGAUCUUACCUCUAUUAUUGCUCAAUUGAUAUCGACUGCAGGGAGUCUUCUUCCAACCGUGAAGCAUCAUUCACUUUCCUCCGCGAACCCAACUACUAAGCAAAUUGGACAGUUUGGUGGUAUCUUGGUUCCUUCUGAAACUGGUACUAAUGCUGGUGCUUUAUCGCAAAGUGUUAAUGUCACCAAAGCGGAAGAUCAGCCCAACCAUGUUGAUGUUACAGGCGAUUGUGGCAUUGAACAAAAUUAUGUUGCUGAUGAACAUGAGGCAAAAGAUGAAGGUGAACCCCAUGCGGAAGAGAAUCUUCAUCCUGGUUCCUAUGAGAUUCUGCAGCUGGAGAAAGAGGAAAUUCUUGCACCUCACACUCACUUUUGCACGGUGUGUGGCAAGGGAUUUAAGAGAGAUGCCAAUUUGCGUAUGCACAUGAGAGGUCACGGGGAUGAAUACAAAACUCCAGCAGCUCUUGCAAAGCCUCACAAGGAGCCUACCUCUGGGACGAAGCUUAUUAAAGGAUAUUCUUGUCCUUGUGUUGGUUGCAAGCGCAAUAAGGAGCAUAAAAAGUUUCAGCCACUUAAGACGAUCUUAUGUGUGAAAAAACAUUACAGAAGAACCCACUGUGAGAAAAGCUAUGCUUGUAGUAGGUGCAAUGUGAAGAAAUUUUCAGUCAUUGCAGAUCUUCGAACACAUGAGAAACAUUGUGGUAAAGAUAAAUGGCAUUGUUCUUGCGGAACAACUUUUUCCAGGAAAGAUAAGCUUUUCGGGCACAUUUCCCUUUUCCAAGGACACACUCCUGCAAUUCCUCAGGAUGAAACGAAAGGUUUUGCUGGGAUAUCUGAUCACAGUCAAACCGGCGAUGCAACUAAAGAAGCUGGAAAGAUUGGUUUCGAGAUAAAUCUUCAGAAUAGCAGUGGCCUUCAAAAUACUAUGAAUGAAAAAGGGAGUGCAGAUAGUCGUGGCAGUUUUUCGUCACCUUGGAACUUUGAAAGUAGCAAGCUUAGUGAUCUCCGAGAGUUUCCACAACCACCAUUUGAGGACCCAGAAAACUCAUUCUCUUUUCUAAUGGCGGGUUCAUGUAAUUACCCUCGGAUAGCUAGGAAAAUAUAAGUUCUACUGAACUGGAACAGCUCAACUGAAUUUUUCUUUUGGUUAGAUGUUGCAAAUUGUUUCUUGUAAUGUCAGCUUGUUUGGGGAACAAGUGACGUCUUUUCUUAGUGUGUACUGCUCUUUUUGACUGCUCUAAAUGUUAUAUCUGGCUCAACUACGUAUGGUUUUG